CGGGGCGCGGGGCUGCGUGCGCGCCGAGCUGCUGCCUCCCGCCGCCUCCUCGCCCUCCAUUCCUCGUUCCCCGUCUUCUCCGGGCCACGCCGCCGCCGCCGCCGCCUCCCUGGGAACGGUCGCCGGGGGAGGGGACUGGCGCGGCCGGAGCCCGCGGGGAGGUGCGGGGCGCCGGGGCGUAGGGCAGCGCGCCCGGCCCUGCCCGAGAUCAGAUAACAGCCGGAGGGGGAGGGGGUGGGCCGGCCACGCUCACAGCCGACCGAGGGACGGACGCCGGCCGCCCCGGCCCGACCGAGCGGCCGGGGGCGCCGUCCAGGCGCGCGCCCCACCGGUGGCUGGACCCGGGCGAUCCGCGCCCGGGACCGACGCGCCCCUCGGCAUGGAGCGCCCACCGGGGCUGCCCUGAGGCGGUGGCGGCGGCGGCGGCGAUGCAGCCAGCGCGGCGGCUGCCGCGGCCAGGAGCGGCCGCCCGAAGCUCGGAGGACACGGGGCGCGCCGCGCCCCGGCUGCUGACCGAGGAUGUUCUAGUGUCUGGAUCCUCCCCAGCUGGUGCCUGGGAAAUAGCAGCCACUGCUAAUUCAGCCUUGAAGACUGUCACUUGCCCACUCAGCACCAUUACUUAGAAGAUAGAAUUCAAGAGGAGCCACCCCGCCGGGAGACAGCCUGGGGGCGAGCUGGGGUCCCCCCAUCCCCGGGAUGACCGCGGCCAGCAGGGCCAACCCCUACAGCAUCGUGUCAUCGGAGGAGGACGGGCUGCACCUGGUCACCAUGUCGGGCGCCAACGGCUUCGGCAACGGCAAGGUGCACACGAGGCGCAGGUGCCGCAACCGCUUCGUCAAGAAGAACGGCCAGUGCAACAUCGAGUUCGCCAACAUGGACGAGAAGUCGCAGCGCUACCUGGCCGACAUGUUCACCACCUGCGUGGACAUCCGCUGGCGCUACAUGCUGCUCAUCUUCUCGCUGGCCUUCCUCGCCUCCUGGCUGCUGUUCGGCAUCAUCUUCUGGGUCAUCGCCGUGGCGCACGGCGACCUGGAGCCGGCCGAGGGCCGGGGCCGCACGCCCUGUGUGAUGCAGGUCCACGGCUUCAUGGCGGCCUUCCUCUUCUCCAUCGAGACACAGACCACCAUCGGCUACGGGCUGCGCUGUGUGACGGAGGAGUGCCCGGUGGCCGUGUUCAUGGUGGUGGCACAGUCCAUCGUGGGCUGCAUCAUCGACUCCUUCAUGAUAGGCGCCAUCAUGGCCAAAAUGGCGCGGCCCAAGAAGCGGGCGCAGACGCUGCUGUUCAGCCACAAUGCCGUGGUGGCCCUGCGCGACGGCAAGCUCUGCCUCAUGUGGCGCGUGGGCAACCUGCGCAAGAGCCACAUCGUGGAGGCCCACGUGCGGGCGCAGCUCAUCAAGCCCAGGGUCACGGAGGAGGGCGAGUACAUCCCGCUGGACCAGAUCGACAUCGACGUGGGCUUCGACAAGGGCCUGGACCGCAUCUUCCUGGUGUCGCCCAUCACCAUCCUGCACGAGAUCGACGAGGCCAGCCCGCUGUUCGGCAUCAGCCGGCAGGACCUGCAGACGGACGACUUCGAGAUCGUGGUCAUACUGGAGGGCAUGGUGGAGGCCACGGCCAUGACCACCCAGGCCCGCAGCUCCUACCUGGCCAACGAGAUCUUGUGGGGCCACCGCUUCGAGCCCGUGCUCUUCGAGGAGAAGAACCAGUACAAGAUCGACUACUCGCACUUCCACAAGACCUACGAGGUGCCCUCCACGCCCCGCUGCAGCGCCAAGGACCUGGUUGAGAACAAGUUCCUGCUGCCUAGCGCCAACUCCUUCUGCUACGAGAAUGAGCUGGCCUUCCUGAGCCGCGACGAGGAGGAGGAGGCCGACGGAGACCAGGACAGCCGCAGCCGAGACCGGCUCAGUCCCCAGGCCAGGCACAACUUUGACAGACGCCAGGCCGGCGGUGGCGCCCUGGAACAGCGGUCCUACAGGCGGGAGUCAGAGAUCUGAGCCCCCAGUGGCUGAGGUGCAGCGUCCCCCGCCCCUGCCCAGGAGGGGCCGAGGUGCCCCUCGGUGGGGGCCCCCGGGUUUGAGCAGAACCGGGGACCACGUGCCCCAGGUUGCAGACUCAGUAGCGUUUUAGUCGUUUUAUGUUUCUUCGCAAUGGCCUCAGAAGGUUGGCGGGAGAGUGGGCGGCCAGAGCAGGUGGUCCCUGGCCUCAGAGGGGCCAAUGCAGGGAGGUGGCCGGGAGGUGGCCUCCUGGGGGCCAGGUCACGGGAGCCACGGGCUUCUGCCUGAAGACAGAGCUGCAGCCUGCCUGGAGGUGGCUGGGCGGUGGGCGCAGCCUCUGCUGUGGGAGGCUGGCGGGUUUUUACCUUGCGGAGAAGCACCAGGUUUCAGCUUUCUCAACCUUAGCUUGGGUAAGACUGUUUACAAAAAAAAAAAAAAUUAACAUGCGAUUGAAAAAAAUUUUUUUUAAUUCUUGGGGGGCAAAAAGGACAAUUAGAAUUCCAUGAGUCUGCUGGGAUGCAGCAACUGGCUGGAGGCUCCAGAAGGUUCCGGAGGCAGAAUUGGCCUCUCCCCCUGGGUGGGGGCAGAGCCCCCAGGGCAAGCUCGGUGCUCGAGGACCUGCACUUCUGAUCGAGGCAGACCAGGUUCUGUUGUGAUAGAAAAUCCAAGACCCUGUUAAUGAUCACAAUAAAAGCUUUCUACUGUCACGGGGGUGGAGGGUGGGGGCUGGGAAGAAACUGGUUUGAGGUUUUUGAGUUUGACUUUGUACCUUAGAGGUGCGUCUCAGGGCCAGGUAUGGGACCUGCUGUCGAGGGUUCACCCCCACCCCGAUUCUCUUGUUUUGCUUCUCUCUCCAUUCUGCCCGGGGGCCUCCACCCCUGCCACGUGGGGGGCGGCUGGGAACCGAAGGAGUGGAUGGCUCCUUGGAAAGGGAAGUCAGGAUCCCAGACUCAGAGGAAGUGGAUCAGCCCUGUCCCCACUGGGCCCACAGCGUGAGUCGUGCCUUAGAGACUCCGGGUUGUCCUGCUCGAAUUGUUCCUCUUCUUUUCGGGCUCUCUCGUCCUCCCCACCUCCACUGCUGAAGCCCCUGCCAGCCCUGCUGUCUGCCUUGGGAAGCCGGCAGGACAGGGGAGCCCAGGCGGGGCACAGCCCGCCCCGGUCUGCUGUUGAGUGGCAGAGGAAAGAUCUUGGG